UAAUUCUUACUCGAUUUGCCUACCAGAUCCAAAACACCUCCUUCUCAAGCUCACAGUUAGAUAAAAUCACUAAAUCUUACUCUAAUCUCAUUAAACACAAAGCUGGAUUUACUAGUAUCAUUCCAAGUUCAAUAUUAUUCUACAACCGAAUCUAUAGUCUAAAAACAACUCAAAAUAUGCAGCAAUUACAACAUAUCAACAACUUUAUCAAAAUUCUCAAUCACCCCUCCUUUGGCAUAUUUGUAUUAAAAAUACAGCUACAACAACUACAAAAUUCAGCUGCUACAAACCUCUUGAUACUCACUCAUCAACCUAUUUUUUCAAAACCAGAAAACAAAACAACUACCGCUCAAAUAGUACUUGAACUCCACAAACCUCAGUUAUAA